AUGGAAGUUAUAGACAUUGCAACGCAAAUAUAUGAGUCUGAAGAGAAGUGGACAGCGCCUCCUCUGGGGGUGUUCAAGAUCAAUGUUGAUGGUGCAACGUUUGAAAAUGAAAGGAACUCAAGUGUGGGAGUUGUUAUAGGAGAUGCAACUGGUAUAGUUCAUGUUGCUUGCUAUAAAUAUCUUCAGGGACAGUACUCGGUGGAGGCAGGCGAAGCGCUAGCUAUGGAUUGUGGUCUAAUUCUUAUCAGAGAGCAAAAGCUACCUCAAAUCAUUUUGGAAUCUGAUGCCUUAACAGCUGUUAAUAGAGUCACAACAGCUAAAACAAAUGGCAGUCUUGGUCAUGUGUAUAAAGGAAUUCUUAAUUUGCUUUCUUCUUUUAGCAGCUGGAGAAUCAACCAUGUGAAAAAAGAAUACAACAGAGCAGCUCAUGAGCUUGCGCAGUAUGCAAGGCAGAAUGAAGUUUCUCAUGUCCUCCUAUGGUGUCUCACAUUAUCCAGGCAGAUUAGGAGUUCAUCGAUGGAUGAUAGAUAG